UCAUUCGAUUGCUUGCUCGCGUGCCUUACGGUUCGAGAUUAACUAAAAUAAUAAAUAAAAUAAAAACCCAAAGAAAAUGAACACAAAAAGUGUAUUGUAUUUACGGUUUUUCUUUUGAGAUUUACUGAGAGUGAAUGAUGACAAGCUUUAUCUUUAUGAUGAAAAUCACAACGAAAUGCGGCUAAUUUUCAUCUGGAAAAUAUAUGUAUAUGUAUAUAUGUUUUUUUUUUGACGUGAUUGAAAGCGAGAUCUAAUAAAAACGUGCACAUCCCUCGAAACGACAACAAAAACAACAAAAUCAGUUGAAAGCAGCGCGUCGUCACAGCAAGCAUAAACAGUCCAAAAAAAAAAACGCAGCAAGCAGUGAGCAUCACAACCAUAACAAGCAGUAGAACGCCUUGUAUGGGUGUAGAAGCAGCAGGAGAAGGAGGAGCAGAAGCAGGAACAGGAGCAGAGCAUGUCCACAGAUAAUCCCACACAUCUGCUGACCACGCGGGAUCUUGGCCAAUUGCGGGGCCAAUUACAGACGACAGCAGCGCCAGCGACGGCAACAAGUGUCGUACAUGGAUACCGCAACAUAAUUCCCCCACCUAUCAGCACCUCAGCAACAGCAACAGCACCAGUAGCAGUAGCAAUAGCAAUAGCAUCAACAGCAGCACCAGUAUCAACAGCAUCUUCCGUAGUAACAGAAGCAUCAUCAUCAUCAGCAUCAUCCACCACCACGAGCAGCAACAGCAAUAGCAACAGCGGCAGCAUCCAUCACGGAGGUGGCAACAUGCAGGCCACCAGCUCCAAAUAUGUCGUUAUUCAACCGAACCACAACGGCGGCUUCACGGCCUACGAUAGCAGUGCCACUGCCGCAACCACAAUGCCCACGGGCGGAGGCGGUGGUGCCGGUGGCGCUGGACCGGGUGGAAAUAUUGUUCUUUUAGCCGCCGAGCCCCUGGAAAUGGGUUCGGCAGACGCAUUGGCCGCCGCUGCCGCUGCAGGACCGGACGAUGGAGAGCUGCGCUCCUUGUCGUGGCUGAGCGACAGCAAUCUGAUCAAGGGGAUUGUAACGAGCAGCGGCCCCACAUCGGCCGCAUCGCAGGCGAAACGGGCAGCGGCUGUGGCCCUCAAGGCUCCUGCGGGGGGAGUCUGCCUUGUCGGCGAUCUCAUUGAGGAGCUGCCGCCAAGCAGCAACGAUAUUCCGGAAACGGGAGACCAGCAGGGAACGCCCGGGGGCGUUUACAGCACCACGACAGUGCACAAGGGACCCAGCGGCACCACCACAGUGGUGGAGUACAAGGCCACCAAGACGACGACGACGGCCACACGAACAAGCUACAUGCCUGUGGUGGUGACCAGCAGCAGCAGCAGCAGCAUCACACCAGCAGCACAAGCCACCAUUUCGCCCGCCAAGCAGCAGCAGCCCCAACAGAUCUUUGUGACCAGCAAUGGGACGGGUGCAACAACAUACAAGACCUCUCCCCCCACAUCCAUGGCCACGGUCUCUGUUUCGUCCGCCCCACCGUGUUCCCCGAAUAAUAAUAUCAACCACCACAACACCACCACCCACCAUCCGCACAAGAAAUAUCUGCGGGAGAAGAUGAACGUCCAUGUGGACCACAGCAGCCAUGUGGCCUCCACGGUGACGGUCGUCAGUUCGCCUGCAUCCUCAAACAAUUCAUCGCUCAGCUCCACCUCCGCUUCAACCUCCGCCCUGUCCAUGUCGGUUAAUGGGUCAUCGGGUGGCAUAAAUGGCGCUGGGAAUAGUCCAGGGCCCAAGGCCGCCAACGGCUUUACGACCGUUUACGAAACGGUAAAGUUCUCUGGAGCUGGGACAACGCCCUGCAGCAUCAGCAACCCCAGCCAAAGCAACAGACAGCACCUGCCCGAUCAGACGACGCUGAUUAGCCCAACGGCAUUGAUCAGUACCUCGCCCAUGACGGGCUAUAGUUUUGUGCAUCAUCUCACCGGAACGCCGCAUGUCAUGGCUUCGACGGCACCAUCGGAGGCGACUCUGGGAGGAGGCGGCAGCAUCUACUACACCAAUGCCACGCCAAUGCAACAACAGCAGCACCUGCAACAGCAACAGCAGCGUGGCAUGCAUGUCUCUGUGUCGCCGCCACCGACGGCCGUCAAUGCAACAAUAGGGGGUCAUAAUGGAUCUAAUGGAGCAUUGAAUCUGCGAAGCCCCAAUAGCUACAGCAGCUACGACAAUGAGGAUUCUCUGAAGGAGUUCGACAUGACAUUGAACUCCAGGAUGCAUACCAGCACGCCCCAAUAUGUGGCAGCGGCAGCCAAGAGCAACAGCUACAGCAACAACGCCAACAGUUCCUCCAACACCACCAACGGAGGAGGAGGCGGUGGCGGUGGUGGUGGUGGCGGUGGUGGUGGUGCCGGCAACACACCGCAAAAGCAAAAGCAUCCCAACAAUGUGCCAUAUGAUCCGCUAGUGCAUACAAACAACAAGCCGCCAUAUAGCUUUAGUUCACUCAUCUUUAUGGCCAUUGAGGGUUCGAACGAGAAGGCGCUGCCUGUAAAAGAGAUCUAUGCGUGGAUUGUCCAGCACUUUCCAUACUUCAAGACGGCCCCCAAUGGCUGGAAGAACAGUGUGCGGCACAAUCUGUCGCUGAACAAGAGUUUCGUCAAAGUGGAGAAGGCCCCCAAUAUGGGCAAGGGCUCGUUGUGGCGCGUAGAGCCGCAACAGCGUCAAAAUCUCAUUCAGGCCCUCAAUCGGUCAGGCCCAUUCUUUCCGAAUUCAGCGGUGGAAAAGAUCAGUACGUCGCUGAAGAGUCCCAAUGGGCAAGGGGCGCCCCAAUCAUCCGGUGGAUAUGAUGGCCUUGAUGGAGUGGCUGCCUCCGGCGCCGCUGCCUCCGCCAAUGGAAUAGGAAUGGGCUGUGGCAACUCUGCGGCUCCAGUGACACUGGCCACACCCACAAAAAGCAAUGGCCUGGUGCUCGCCAAUGGUGGUGCUAGUCAAUCGGUCGCCAUGCCAAACAGUCCAUCAUCAAACGCUGGCGGAGGAGGGAGUGCCAGUCAUGCGCGAGUCGAUCCGAAGCUGUUUCCCUAUUUGUCCAAGGCCUUCCGCAAAAUCCGCGAAGAUGGUGGGCCGCCCACUCAGCAGCUGCUCCUCAGCGAUGUCCUCGAUGACGAUGUUUCCGGCGAAUAUGCUGGCAACCACAACCACAACAGCGGCAGUGGCAGGUACGUCUAUGUGGGAAACGGAGGGGCUACUGCUGGCCCCAAUGGAAGUGGAGAUGGCAUUAACUUUGAGCGACUGGCCCGCGAUUGCGGGGCUGACAGCAUGGACGAUGUGCAUGCUGCGGCGGCCAUGCUCUUCCUCAAACACGGACCAAAGGCCUUCACUGAGUCUUUUCAAAAUGGAGCCCCAGUGAUUACAAGUUCUCCCAGCGAGGAUCACACUUAUUCCGCGGGCGGCAAUAGCAAUGCGGACAGCGGCGCCUCCACUCCACUCACUAAUGGCAAUAUCAUGGCGGGGCAGACGCCGGCCCAGCUUCAGCUGCAGGCGCAGGCCAAUGCCGGUGGAGGAUCGGACAGCAAUUGCGCCAGCUCCGAUGCGGCCUACGACAGCAGCGAGGAGAAUCACAACAUUACGCCCGAGGAGUUGGCCGAUCAGCAGCGACAUCGCGAUGGUGUCGACGCAUUGCUCUCGCUGUCGCGCUCAUCCAUCGUUGAGUGCGGGUCGGUGGCCACCACGCACUAUCACAGCAACGGGAGCAGCGGAAGCAGUCACGGCUCCCCGCACAAGCGCCCCUCCAGCCACAGUCUCGAGGAGGAGCACGAGCACCUCCUCCUGCAACAGUACCAGCCACUGUUGUCGUCCUCGCCACAGGCUGUCUACACGAAUGGCAGCGGCAGCAAGAUGGCACUCCUCAGCAGUGCCGCUGCCAAUGUGGCGUUGGCCCAACAGCAGCAACAGCAGCAGCAGCACCAUCAGAUCCAACAAAUGCAGCAGCAGCAGCAACAGCAUCAGCAGCAUCAGCAGCAUCAGCAUCAAAUACAGCAGCACCAACAGCAUACAGAGCUGUACGGCAGCGUGAGUGGCAGCUAUUUGGCCGGAUUGAAUCAUUGCCUGCCCGCUGCAACGGGAGCUGGAGGACAGGCGGCCAUGUUGCCCCAACAUCUCACUGCAUCGAUGGCAAAUGCUGCGGCCAAGAACAAGGUGAAGCCUCUGCGGGGCUUGCGCACAAAGAUCAAGCGGAAGUCCGCAUGGAUGCGGUGAAUGUGGCGCCAGGCCGGAGGCAGGCGGAGGACCGUCUCCUAGCCUCCACAGCCCCUCGCCCCUCGUCCCUUCCAUGGCCACGUCCCCUGUGUUGUUGUCUCUUUCUAAUUGCAAAUUGUUCAAAUCAGAGCAUUUAGUCGUAAGAUUUAGUAGACUCCCUCGCCUGCUCGCCCUUUCUUCUCCUUUAUUUUGAAUGUGUGUGUCUUCCUCCUCUAAUCCUUGUGUUUGUUAUACAAAUUAAUGACUAUUUUUUGAUAGGUUUUUAGUUUAGUUUUUAAACGUCUUUUGGACUUGAUUCGGGUCCUCGAUUGUCGGCCAUUUCAUCAAUAUUUGAAAAUUCUUUUAUACGAUUACACACACACACAAACACACACACACACACACACACACACACAGACAGACGUGUUAUACACAUCAUCUAUUAAAAUAAAAAACCCUAAACUUUAACGAAUUGUAAUUAAUUUAUAGCUUAAAUAAUUGUAAAUAUCUUUUGCUUCCCAA